AUGAUGACGCAAAACGUGAAACAGGUGCAAGUAGGAAAGCAUUCUUUUCCAUUGUAUUCUCACCCUGCCAUCCGUGAAACUGCCGGAACCGAGGCGUACGUUGAACGCGUUGUUCAAAAACAUCAGAACAGCCCACGAGUACGAAACUCCGUUAAUUACGUGGCGCGAAAGCUCCGACAAAUCGGAGCAAUGAAAACCCUGAACCCCGAAGAACAUCAGGUUGGUGAAGAAACAUCGUGCGCGAAGUCCGCGCGCACCGACAGAAAACACAGUUACUCACCCUCUCCAUUUGAGGGGAGGAUACCAGCGGCAUUAAAAAGCGCAAAGAGGAACAGCGAAGUUUGUAAAACGCCCAUGGGUAAAUUACAAGCUCCCUGCUCUCCAACCGUAUGUGGGUACCCGUUACCGUACCCCAGGUCGUUAUCGCACAAUCUUUUCAAUGUCAUUCAAGAUACGAGGAGAAAGGGGAAAACAAACACCGAACAAAGUGAAUUGAAGAACGAGGGUGAUCCUCUCACCUUGUCGCCCAUUGUUCCAAAGGUUGAUACUUCACCUGCUACGGAAAGCAAAGGACGUAGACGUGAGGAAAAACCUCUGGCACAUGAGGGACAACUGCUCAAACAUAAACUUGAUGUGUGGAGAGAUCUGUUUCUUGCCUCUGCUGCGCAGCAAUUGGCUGCAAGCGGCCACCCCCGCUCGCGGCGUGACGAUGCAGGAAAUGUUUUUUAUUCUAACAUUUCGUGUUAUCUUAAGGAGGGAUGUAUUGUGAAAUCAGAAGACACGGACCUGCGUACUGGGCCGAGGGAUCACCUUAGGGUUCAAGGUGCCUAUUUGUCACACUUAGCACCCGAGGCGUUUGCCAAUUUGCACGUCACGCUGGACGGUAAUACUUUUGUUCUUCGUAAUGUACAACGGACAUCGCCUACUAUAAAGCAAAUAUCAGAGGAACUGUGCGAGGAAAGGGGAAUUAGAUUGUUGCCAACCGCAAUGCAAAAGAAGGUGGCGUACCUGGUUUCACAGGUGAGCACCUCGACGAAAGAGAGGGCGGGCACCAUCAGUGGCAAAAAAGGGUUGGCAACCUCCAAAUGGAAGCAUACAAAUUCUCUACAAACAUGUAAACAUUCUUUGAACAUGGAGCUACCGGAAGUAACGUACCGCAGUCGCGUGCUCUCGACCAUACGUGAGGGUGCAUACGGGUCACCGUUUCAAAAAGGCUGCAAGAUGUGA